AUGGCCAGUCCUCCAGUCGAAGUUCACGAAAUACUCAUGCCAGUCGAGCCAGCUCCGGCAAAGAAACAUGAAGCUACAUUGGGCCAGAAAGAGUCUUGCGCCACAGAUGGGCCACAGAACGAACUCGCCGCGGCGGGCCAGAACCUCAAAGGCAAGACCUCUUCAAUCAAGAAUAUAGGCGAAGCACGCAACAUCAUCAAGCUCGAAGCUGCGAUCGAGGCUAUUGAUACCGAAGACAUUAAUCUCACACCCAGCAAGUGCUUGCCCCGAGUUCCCGACCGAGAUGGCCCGUUUCGCUCCUGCGUGCGCGCCAUGAUCGCUCGCCUGAUCAAAUAUGGCGAAGAGAAAUGGACAUUCGACUCCUUCCGAAUGGCACUCGAUCGCAUUACAUUGCUCAAUUUCAUCGAGGAGCGCGGGCCGGUAGGGAGCAAGCCUAAAUGGCCCUACUAA